CAUCACAAGCUGGGACCGACGCCUACGCCCCUUCCCGCAACAUGUUCCGAGACCUCGACAGUCGAGGUGAGAAGGAUCCCCUGGAUGCCGGUCCAGACGACGGCGAAGUGCAGGAGGAAUAUCGUGAAUCUGCAGCCCGUCGGCGAUGGGUCUGGCUCUGUCGGAUUCUCACCUUUUGGAUACCGGGUUUCCUCCUUAGCAGUAUCGGCAAGAUGAAACGACAGGAUGUGCGACAGGCAUGGCGAGAAAAAUUAGCCAUCAACAUGAUCAUCUGGUUCAUCUGCGGUUGCACAAUCUUCGUCAUUGCUGUUCUCGGUGUUUUGAUUUGUCCGACCCAGCACGUUUACUCGACCAGCGAGUUGCAAUCUCACAACUACAAGGACUCGCCGAAUAAUGCCUACGUCGCGAUUCGUGGCGAGGUCUUUGACCUGUCCCAAUUUGCUCCAACACAUCUGACGGCAGUGUCAGUCGUUCCUACCAAGUUGGUCAUGCAGUACGGCGGACUUGACGCUACAGAGCUCUUCCCCGUGCAGGUCAGUGCACUGUGUUCAGGCACGACAGGUUCGAUCAGUCAAUAUGUCACCCUUGAUUCGACCAACACGACCGACCCGUACCGCCAGUACCACGAUUUCAGAGCGUACACCAACGACUCUCGACCUGACUGGUAUGAAGAGUCGAUGAUCAUGCUCCGGUCUCGGUUCCGGACAGGCUUCAUGGGCUAUACGAAGAAGGAUAUCCGUAACAUGGCUUCGGCGGGGAGAGCCGUGGCCAUCUACAAUGACAUGGUCUACGAGCUCACAACGUACAUCCAACAGAAUGGUGGUGGUCUACUUGGACCUCGAGGCUAUCAAUUCACAGCUCAGGAUCAGGCCGAUCGACAAUUCAUGUCAAAUCAACUUGUCCAGAUCUUCACCUACAACUCAGGCAAAGACGUCACGGAUUUGAUCAAUGAUCUCAACUCGAGUCUCGGUGCCAAUGUCGUCGCAUGGCAGACUCAGUGUCUUCGAAAUCUCUUCCUGAUCGGAAAGGUUGACACGCGAGACUCGCCCCAAUGUCAAUUCUCGACCUACAUUUUGCUUGCACUGUCCAGUGUCAUGGUUGCCAUCAUUGGUUUCAAAUUCCUCGCCGCGUUGCACUUUGGUUCCUCAAGAGCGCCAGAGAACCACGACAAAUUUGUCAUCUGUCAAGUGCCCUGUUAUACCGAAGGUGAAGAAUCGCUGCGUAAAACCAUCGACUCCCUCGUCCGACUGAAAUACGACGACAAGCGGAAGCUCAUCAUGAUUGUCUGCGACGGAAAUAUCAAAGGAUACGGCAACGAAAAGCCUACGCCUGCGAUCGUUUUGGAUAUCCUGGGUGUAGAUCCCCAUGCCGAUCCUGAGCCCUUGAGCUUCCAAAGUCUAGGCGAGGGGUCCAAACAGCACAACAUGGGUAAAGUCUACGCUGGAUUGUACGAGUGCGCCGGACACGUUGUACCCUACUUGGUCAUUGUCAAGGUUGGUAAACCUACCGAACGACCGAAACCUGGAAAUCGAGGAAAGCGAGAUUCGCAAAUGAUUGUCAUGCACUUUUUGAACAAGAUCCAUUUCAAUGCUCCCAUGAACCCUCUUGAGCUUGAAAUGUACCACCAGAUCAAGAACGUCAUUGGUGUCAACCCGAGCUUCUACGAAUACCUCUUCAUGGUGGACGCAGAUACGACUGUCCAGGAGCUCUCAUUGAAUCGUUUGGUCUCUGCGAUGAUGCACGACAAGAAGACGAUCGGAGUCUGUGGAGAGACGUCGAUAGCCAAUGCCAAACAGUCUGUCGUGACCAUGGCUCAAGUCUACGAAUAUUUCAUCUCUCACCACCUGGCCAAAUCCUUUGAAUCGCUAUUCGGCUCAAUCACCUGUCUACCAGGUUGUUUCUCAAUGUACCGUCUCCGCACGCCCGAUACGCACAAGCCAUUGUUCAUCUCCAACGCAAUCAUUCACGACUACUCAGAGAACCGAGUCGAUACACUGCACUUGAAGAAUCUGCUCCAUCUCGGGGAAGAUCGAUAUCUUACCACUUUGGUCCUGAAGCAUUUCCCGACGUACAAGACAAAGUUUGUGCGAGAUGCGCAUGCGCAAACAGUCGCACCGGAUUCCGCAAAGGUGCUGCUCUCCCAACGACGUCGUUGGAUCAAUUCGACAGUGCAUAAUCUGGCCGAAUUGGUGUUCCUGGAUCAACUCUGUGGAUUCUGUUGCUUCUCCAUGCGAUUCAUUGUCUUCAUCGAUCUGGUCUCGACUAUCGUGGCGCCAGUGACCGUGGCUUAUAUCGGAUACCUCUUGUAUCUCGUCAUCCACGAUCACGCGACGAUCCCCGUGUUGUCUAUCAUUAUGCUAUCUGCCAUUUACGGUCUUCAAGCUCUAGUAUUCGUCUUCAGAAUGCGAUGGGACAUGAUUGCGUGGAUGAUCUUUUAUAUCCUCGCCAUUCCCGUCUUCUCAUUCUUCCUGCCAUUGUACUCAUUCUGGCGGAUGGAUGAUUUCAGUUGGGGAUCUACCAGAUUGGUUGUGGGCGAGAAGGGCAAGAAGAUUGUCAUUCACGAUGAGGGCAAAUUUGACCCCAAGUCGAUUCCUCUGAAGAGCUGGAACGAAUACGAAAACGAGCUGUGGGAUCAGGAGUCCAACCACUCCGCAGGCGAUUUCCACCUCAACGAGAAACGUGGCUUCGACUCUCGACCGUCCACGACAUACGGCGCCUACGAAACUUACGAAAAGCAGACCAUGUCCCGAGGCAUUUCACCAGCGGCUUCGUAUCAGGAUAUGAGAGCGCGAUCGACUUACGAUCCACCCCAAUUGCCAUACGCUGGCAGUCUGAUAGGCGGAAGUCCAGUAGGGUCAUUCGCCGCGCUGCCAGAGAGUCGGUCUUUCUACGGCGGGUCAAUGUACGGCGGGGACAACCGAUCGGUUCACGAGUCAUUCUAUGGCCAAUCUCAAUUGCUUCAACCUGGAUCACGAAUGUCUUCAUACUCGUACACUCAGCCUAUGGGUCGUCCCCAAGCGGAUCAGCGUGUCUCAUCGUACUCAAUCAACCAGCCUAGACCAGGUGGACUCGGGGAAUUUCAUCCCCUCGGAUCGAGCUACUCACUGUCCAGUCUACCUGGACAGAUUCCGCCCCCGCAGUCACGGCCAGCAACAGAAUACCUACCUGAGGUCCAGACAUUUGCCAGCCCUAUGAACAUCGGUCAAGCUGGUGUCACGGAUGACCAACUAGAAAGCAGCAUUCGGAGGAUAUGCCACGGGGCAAACCUCGACCAAUUGACCAAAAAGGGCUUGAGGAAACAGCUCGAAGGAGAAUUCGGGAUGGAUCUCGUGGCGCGGAAAGAGACUAUCAAUCGGAUCAUUGAGAGGGUCUUGGCUGAAUGAAACGUACGAAAAUAGACGACAACCUGGACAAUUCUCCACACUUACGAUUCGCAUGAUUCGAUGGACGAUUUCAUACUUAAUAUGUAGACUAGAAGCACAAAGAUCAUGCAUGCGCCUGUCAUUUUCGACUUGUGCAAUGUUGCGUCGUGUCUCCGUCCGCCAUUUCAAGCCGUGGUCCUAAAGGAACCGCUUGUUUAGGACCCGCUUGUGUGGUUGCCAGGUGACGACCGCUGACAUGCCUUGAGGCA